CUGCUGUUCGGAAUGGCGAUCGCAUCGCAGGAAAUGUUCCAAAUUUGUAGGUUUUGCUUGUGCCAGGACGAAACAUUACUGAUUCCACUAGAGGAUAUAUUGGAUUUCGCUCUUGCCUUCCAAGAUGUAAGCGCGGUUACGGGAUUAGAGAUAAAUGAGGACAACAUAGCAUCAUACGCCAUGUGCUUGGAAUGUACAACCAAGUUGAAAAGCUCUGUCGCGUUCCGGGAAGCCUGUCGAAGCAAUGAGUCUCACUUUCAAGAGUUAUGCGCUGUGUUGUCUGCCAGCUUUAAAGAGUCGCGUAUCAAAAUUAUCGACACAAUCGCUUUGUCAGACAGCUCUGAUGAAUCGAUAGAUUUUGACCUUAACACACGCAACGUAAAUUUCGCCGAUUCUCCUGAAAGUUCACAAAGCAAUGACGACCCCCUGCAAAUUGCAAAAUUAACAGAAGGGCGUGAAGAAACUGCCCAAAGAAGUUUUCAAUUCUCGUACUGUGCCAAUUACAUCCUACCGGGAGAAACCGUGUUUUCCGAGGAAGAGUAUAUCAAGGACAGAAUUGAUUGGGAUAGCAGCUUAAAUCCUCCAGCUCCACCUUCAAUAAUACACCUACGGGAAAAAGGAAAGCGCAAAUACCACCUUUGUGACAUAUGCGGCUUGAUGGUCAUACAUAUUCCAAAGCAUGUUGAAGUGCAUAAAGACGAAUACAAAUAUAAUUGUCCGCACUGUCCAGUAAAGUUCAAACAAAAAACCAAUUUAAUACAACACAUAAAAACUGUGCACUUGAAAACAGUUAUGAAAACGUGCGAGAUAUGCGGUAAAGGAUUCGUUCAUCACAAAACGUACAGAUAUCACAUGCUUACCCAUCAAGGUGAGGGGAAAACCUUCGAGUGUUUGGAUUGUUCGAGAACAUUUUCGAAUUCUGUUUACUUGAGGGAUCACAUUAACAGGCUGCAUAACGCAGAGAAACAAAUAAAGAGAAGUGAUUCAGGAGACCAAAUUCAAAGGAAACGGAGCAGAUCCAACACGGUGAUAGAAAAAGUCAAAGAUCACACGACAUAA